AUGAAAGCGCACCCAGGAGAAUUCGACCACAAGGACACUCGUCGUUUCAAGCAUACCCGCAUCGGUAUAUGGGAUCUCUACGAGGAACGCCAAACACUGGCACGCAAACGAGUCUCGUCGAUAUUGCAGACAUAUACCCCGAUAAUCUACAGUGUUCCGCUUCUAGUUCGCAUGCUAAAGGAUGUACUCAGCAUCAAACGAUGCUCCAUGCUUCUCCCCGCAUACCUUGUAGUAGAAGUUUUAGCUUCCCUCAUACCCGCUGUUUCUCUGUGGUACUCCGGACAAUUACUCCGCCUUAUAGAGAGCGUAAUGGAGGCACGUACUGUGGACACAACGGUGCUCGUACAUUUUGCGGCAGCACAUAUCAUAUGCGCAGUUGCUAUGCGCUUUCUCAAAUACUCCCGAGACUGCAUGAUGCCUCGUCUGAGCUUGUACAUCAAACAAUUCUACAAUGAACGCAUGCUUCUCUCAGCUGUCCGCCUCGACCUGCCCGCAUUUCAAACUCUUUAUCACUCCUCGCACGCAGUGCACGAUCUCAGCAUUGGCUUGGCUCAUUGGUAUACUUCGUCAAUUUGGGCCACUAUCGAGAUGUUGACGGACAUCGCAAUUAUACUUCUUCGUCUGCUCUCUUGCCUUUUGGUUCUGAGUACAGUCAUGUGGGAACAACAGGAUGGUCUACUUCUCGUGGUUCUCAGUUUUUUGCAAUAUUUAUUGCCCUGGGACAGCACGGGGAAAGCAGUGGUCGGAUCCUUAGUCUGGGCCGCGACAACGACCAACGAGAAUUUUAUUUGCAUGCAAGGUCUGAAGGAACUCAUUACUGGCCCCUCACAUCGUCGAGAGUUUGUCGCAGGCAACUUCAGCGAACACAUUAGUGCACGAUUUCGCGAAGCAUCUCAGCGCAUCGGUCACGAUGCGGUUGAAUUCCCAGAGCUGAAACGAUUUCGUUCUUUCAAGGACUGUCUGAGCAUCACGUUCAUCAUCCGAGAAACAAUGCAUGUGUUACCUCAGAUUGUCUUCUCCGUGCGCGUAGUAAAAAAUCCAAUGGCCACUCCCGUCUCCUUGGCAUCACUCAUAUGGAUCAAACAAGCCUUUGAUCCAUCAUAUUUCUCGAUAUCCAGCAGGUUUUCCACUCUUGCGACCAACUUGGCCCGAAUACGCGAUCUUUAUGAGAUAGAGAACAUACGAAAUCGGGUUGUGGAUGGCACGGAACCGUUCCCCGAGAACCAACAAUCUCUUGCAAAUGGUAUUUCUGUCGAAUUCAAGGAUGUUUCGUUCCAGUACCCUGGUCGAGACAGGUGUGCUCUGCGGAACGUAUCGUUCAAGAUCGAGGCUGGUCAACUAUGCGUCAUUGUUGGUGUGAACGGCUCUGGAAAGAGUACGAUCUUGAACCUGAUCUCCCGCAUCUACGACCCAACGGAGGGCACUAUCCUUAUCGAUGACCGUGACAUCAAAACCUUGAAACUUGCUGACCUCCGUGCUGCUAUGUCCAUCCUGUUCCAAGACUAUUCGCAAUUCCCCCUCUCCAUGCGCGAGAAUAUUGGGCUUGGCAACCCCGCCCUUGCACGUGAGGAUGACAAGGUUCGCGAAGCCGCCCGUCUUGGUGACGCAGAAGACUUCAUCGAUGAGCUCCCUCGUGGAUUUGAUACCUAUCUCGACUGCCCCGUGUAUAAUUACCAUGGAGACCUUCCUGAAGGUACUACGACGCUUUUCGGACAUCCCGUUGACUCCUCGUCACGGAAUGUCAUUGGCGGUGUCCGUACCGCCGGAGCUCCAGGCAUUCAAAUCAGCCGCGGGCAGGCGCAGCGGCUUGCAAUGUACGUGUUACCAUACCUUGACUUCUCAGGUCUCGAUAUGGACUAUUCAAAUAGCUCCCGCACAUUCAUGCGCUCGUUGGUCUCUGAAACUGAGUCUUCUGCUGGCAUGCUGUUAUUCGACGAGCCGAGUGCCUCCCUGGAUCCUACGGCCGAACAUGGUCUCUUCGAGCGUCUACGGAAGUUGAGGGGUAACAAGACCAUGAUAUUCUCCACUCACCGGUUUGGAAAUCUCACCCGAUAUGCGGACCUCAUUUUGUACAUCGACGAAACUGUCCAGGAAAAAGGAACGCAUGAUGAACUCAUGAAGAAAGGGGGAGAGUAUGCUCGUAUUUGGAAUCUUCAAGCGAAAUCUUUCAUUUAA